AUGGCCCAUGAUUCCCCUGAACAGAUCACAUCUACUGUAAGAAAGAUUAUCCAGGAGUGCAAGAAAAGAUAUUUCCUAAUCAUAUUACUUUUAUUUUUAGAUGGGACAUGUCAAAUAAAGGGUGUCAUUCAGCAGCAUCCUUUGGUAGUUGCUGAACUUGGAAGCAGUGUGAUUUUACCCUGCUCUUAUUCAUUUGACAUGAUACACACUGUUUCAUGGUAUAAACAGACUGUUGGCGAAAAACCUCUUCUUAUUGCAUAUUCAUCUUAUCUCUCAGGAAGUUUUAUAUAUCAAAACGGCUUUGACAAGGUCGAACGGUAUUCUUUUGAAGUUGGAACUGACUUUUUAAAUAUGAGCAUCAUAAACCUGAAGGAAAAUGAUUUUGCAAACUACUAUUGUGCUGUGACCUUCAUCAACACAAUUCAGUUUGGAGAAGGGACGAUUUUGCUACACAAAGGUAAAGAUUCUGCCACUGGGUUCACAGUUCUCCAGCAGCCUGUAUCUGACAGACUUCAUCCAGGAGAUUCAGUGACUCUGCAGUGUUCGGUCAUCAGUCAGAUCUGUGCAGGAGAAUACAGCGUCUACUGGUUCAGACAUUCAUCAGGACAUUCUCAUCCAGGACUCAUUUACACCCGUGAUAACAGGAGUGAUCAGUGUAUGGAGAGAUCAGAGAACGGCUCUUCUACCCAGAGCUGGGUCUACAGUCUCUCUCAGACUGAACUCAGACCAUCUGAUGCUGGGAUUUAUUACUGUGCUGUUGCCACAUGUGGGAAGAUACACUUUGGAAAUGGAACUAAGUUGAUAGUUGAAGCAUCUUCGACUUUAACCUUUUGGAAUCCAGUUGUUUUAACGUCUCGGUUACGUAUG